AUGUGGAGGGCGCUCUUGGCUCACAGGAACUACCUGAUCACGCUGCUGACCCCGCUGCUCUUCCUGCCUCUGCCCCUGGCGCUCCCUUACAAGGAGGCACAAUGCGGGUACACCAUCAUCGUCAUGGCACUGCUCUGGUGCACCGAGGCCUUGCCCCUGGCCGUCACAGCCCUCAUCCCCGUCCUCUUCUUCCCGCUCAUGGGCAUCAUGGACUCCACCACGGUGUGCAAGGAGUACCUGAAGGACACCAACAUGCUCUUCAUCGGGGGGCUGCUGGUGGCCAUCGCGGUGGAGCGCUGGGACCUGCACCGGCGCAUCGCCCUGCGCGUCCUGCUGAUCGUGGGCGUGCGGCCUGGCCUGCUGAUGAUGGGCUUCAUGGGUGUCACGGCCUUCCUGUCCAUGUGGAUCAGCAACACGGCCACCACCGCCAUGAUGGUGCCAAUCGCCCAGGCCGUGCUGGACCAGCUGCACAAGUCGGAGCAGGAGAGCGGGGCGCCCCGCCAGCCAGCGCCCUCCCGCAACGGCAGCCUCAAUAAGGCCUUCGAGCUGCAGGAGAAGCCCUGCCCGCCAGCUCCCGUGCCCGUGGUGACCGUGGAGAAGGCGAAGCAGCCGGACGAGGACCCGCAGGCGGCAGAGGCGCAGCGGCGGCUGGAGCAGAAGCACCUGACGCUGAGCAAGGGCAUGAGCCUGGCCGUCUGCUACUCGGCCAGCAUCGGCGGCAUCGCCACCCUGACGGGCACCAGCCCCAACCUGGUGAUGAAGGGGCAGAUGGACGAGCUUUUCCCCGGCAACGGCAAUGUGGUGAACUUCGCCUCCUGGUUCAGCUUCGCCUUCCCAACCAUGGUGCUGCUGCUCGUCUUCUCCUGGCUGUGGCUGCUGCUGCUCUUCCUGGGCACCAACUUCAGGAAGACCUUUGGCUGCGGCGCCAGCGAGGCAGAGAAGUCGAGCUCGGCCAGGGCGUACGAGGUCAUCCGGGGUGAGCACCGGGCCCUGGGCCGCAUGAAGUUCUCCGAGGUCACUGUCCUGAUCCUCUUCUUCAUCCUGGUGCUGCUCUGGUUCACGAGGGAGCCCGGCUUCAUGCCCGGCUGGGCGGGCUUCAUUUUUGGCAAGGACAGGGAGAGUUACAUCACCGAUGCGACCGUCGUCAUCUUCAUCUCGCUGCUGAUGUUUCUCAUCCCUUCGGAGAUCCCCACCUGCGGCCCCCCGAGAGGCGACUCCGGGCAUGUCCGGGUCCCGCCGCCCCUCCUGGACUGGCAGACGGUCAACCAGAAGAUGCCCUGGAACAUCGUCUUGCUCCUGGGAGGGGGCUUCGCCCUGGCCAAGGGCAGCGAGGCCUCCCAUCUGUCCAGCUGGCUGGGCAGCAAGCUCACCCCCCUGCAGAACAUCCCGCACCCGGCCAUCGCCUUCCUCCUGUGCCUCCUGGUGGCGGUUUUCACGGAGUGCACCAGCAACGUGGCCACGACCACGCUCUUCCUGCCCAUCCUGGCCUCCAUGUCGCAGGCCAUCUGCCUCAACCCGCUGUACGUGAUGCUGCCCUGCACGCUCGCCGCCUCGCUGGCCUUCAUGCUGCCCGUGGCCACCCCUCCGAACGCCAUCGUCUUCUCCUACGGCAAGCUGCGCGUCAUCGACAUGGUCAAGGCGGGCUGCAUGCUGAACCUCUUAGGAGUGCUGGUCAUCACCCUCGCCAUCAACACCUGGGGCACCCCCUUGUUCGGCCUGGACCAGUUCCCCUCCUGGGCCAACAGCUCCCAGCUCCAGUGCUGA